GUAGUCUGACCGGGAAGCGUGGCCAGGUGACGAGCGAGGCCGAGCCGCGGCGACGAGUGCCGAAGCUGGCCGAGCUUGAACCGUCAGCCGAGUCUCGUCGCUCGAAUCCAGUGCCUCAGUGUAUGCACAGCGGCCGGCCGGCGUGCAUAGUAGGUGAUAACGGCGUUGCUCCUCCCGUCCUCGGGUUUCGGCUUUCAGGAACAUACUUUUUCUUUCUUUUUAUUGCCAGACUCCACUCAUAGAGAGAAAACGUGCGCGACGGAGGAGCCACCGCAGGAGGCGCCCUCGUGCUCGCGGCCUCGCCGGCACCGGGCCUCGGGGCCCGGGGGCCAUCCGUUCCCGUGACACGCGGUCAUGGAGCUCCUAGGCUCGUCCCGGUGCGGAACCAGCUACGAUAUCUGUGCGCGGGCGUUACCCCGUCGUUCUCGCGUAUUGGUUAGGCAUUCUCGUGCGACAACCGGCUGGCUCUAUACCUUCUGAUCAAGGUGAACAUCGAUCGUUGUCAAUGUUUCGUAUGGUUUUCGUGUAAAAUCCUGUCGACACCACGGAAACGGUAGUCACCAGUAUGCUACCGGCGAGACAACGUUAACAGUCUUAGGAGCGUAACACGCGUCUUUACGUGCCGCGUCGUGAUAAAACCGCUCAGAAUCGAAAUUAACUUAACCUAGACCUCCGAACAGUGCUUUUCAAACUGUUUGGACUGUGGCUCGCUGCGGAAACUAUUUACGUAUUCCAUAGUCACCCGGUAUACGUGUGAUCAAUCGAAGGCUCCGACUUUGUGUGAAAUAUUACAAGCUAUCUUAAUGAUUGCAAGGUGUAUGAUCAUUUUUCUGCGACUCGAGUACAUUGUGCCGCAGACUAUAAACCGUAGUAUGGUCUGUUUCCAAAGAAAAUCAUUUCGAAAUACAGUGAUGUUCCUGUAGUAGCUAUCUGCCCCACUCCGAACAUCCGAAUCUCAUCAGUCCGAAGUGAUCGUGGCAGGAGGGGCAACUAUUAUGACUAACGUGUUUGAUAUUUCAUCCAUGACCAAGUAACGUCGUGUGAUACGAUGCGAAGCUGGCGGCCUGAACCGUGUACGCGAGAGAAUCGAUUGUCUAGGGGCGCGAGGGUACUGCGAGAUGGCGAUCUCGGAGAAGAUAGACACGGCGUCGAGGGGGUGGAAGAGAAAUACGGGGAAGUGAAAGACCGUCGAGAAAUGUUUUUGUGAACGAUGGAGCCUUACUAAUCGUGACUAUUGCCGGAAGUAUCGGUACUCGCGACAAGGAGGGAGAGAGAAAGAGAGAAAGGGAGAGAUAGAGAUAGAGAGAACGAGAGAAUAGUGGGGAGAGUUUAAGAAGCUGGCGUCCCAGACACGUGACAGUGGCUCUCGCGGGACUCGGACCCGUCGACGGAACAAUGGUGGAUCCCUGUCCAGCCGAGGGAGCGCGACGGGAAUGCAAUGCGGCCUUUGCGCCGUCGUCGCGGGACUCUUCCGGAGGGCUAUGUGCAUCGCGGGGAGCAGGCGGGGAUCCGGAGAAUCCUGCUACCAGGAGCUCACCACCGAGAUCCAGCCGCGGCGGCACUCGCAGGUCGCGCCAAUUGAAACCGGCCUGAAGGCAGCCGAGAUAGCGGAACACGUUAAAGAAGCUGUUGAAACGCGACAGGAUAUCCCUUUUGUCGCACAACAUGUCUCAGACAUAUUGAGGAGGACUGCGGAGAUAACGGUGGAUAAUGAGGAACAGAAUGCGGUGUUCAUCCGUAUUUCCGAAAGCGCUACAUUACCAACGCCAGGUGUACCGGCAACCUUGACGGAAGUCCGCGAUGAACCUACAAAGGAAACGCCGUUCAGACGUUUGUCGGAAGUGGACCGAAUCCUCUUGGAGAGUUUGGAUAUCGGUCACUCUAGGCCCAGGCCCACCGGCCGAUUCCUCACGAUGCACAAGCGACGCCGUAAGAGGCUCACCACGAGAUCCUUGAACCAAGAACCGGGUAUCCUGGACGACAUUUUCCAUGGUCUGGUCCAGUGCGUAUUACAAAAGGCUGGAAAUUGGCGGUUUAAUGCGUUUACACUAGAAACAGUGACAGGAGGACGAUCACUACCAGUAUUAUGCGUCCAUCUUUUUCAUUGGUAUGGACUGUUACAACACUUCAACUUAGACGUGGUAACGGUGUGGAAAUUAUUCGCCUUCAUCGAGGAGGGCUAUCACAGUACAAAUCCUUACCACAACAGUAUACACGCGACGGAUGUAACUCAAGCGAUGCACUGUUUCCUCCAAGAGAAAAAAAUUAGAAUGCACUUAACCAACUUGGAGAUCAUGGCUUCGCUGAUAGCAGCGGUGACACACGAUUUGGAUCAUCCAGGCGUCAACCAACCAUUUCUCGUCGCUACCAGCAAUCACCUGGCUGCUCUCUAUCAAAAUACUUCAGUUCUUGAAAAUCAUCAUUGGAGGUCGGCGAUAGGAUGUCUUUUAGAAAGCGGCGUUUCCGAUCAAUUGCCCGAUAAUGUCAGACCAGAACUUCAACGACACAUUAGUUCAUUGAUCUUGGCUACAGAUAUCACGCGGCAGCAAGAGUUUCUCGAUCGAUUCAAACAUUAUCUGGACGAGAAUCUGUUGGAAAUGAGGCGGCCGGAGGAUCGGCAUUUCAUUCUCCAGAUAGCCUUAAAAUGCGCUGAUAUAUCAAACCCGUGCAGACCUUGGGACAUCUCGAGGAAGUGGUCGUACAAAGUAUGCGAGGAAUUCUUUCGACAGGGCGAUUAUGAACGUCGACUGAACCUUACGGUGACGCCAUUAUGCGAUCGGCAUACCACUAGCAUACCAAAGAUACAGGCUGGAUUCUUUAAAUUGGUAGUGACACCUCUUUAUGAGGAAUGGCAUCGUUUCCUGGGCGACGGUCUAAGCGUCUCGCUGAUGGAGCAUUUGCGCGGUAAUCAGAAAAAAUGGGAGGCGUUGAUCCUGCAGGAAGCGUCAAAGGAAACGGAUACGGAGAUCUCGGAGCUAGAAGAAGCGGAAGAUGCGGUCAGCUCGGUGGAGGAUCCAGGAGCGGACGAAGACACGGGAAGCAUCGAUUUGUUCAUACCAGCGGCGUACGUCCAGUCCUCUCGGAUGCAAAGUUUGCCAGCUCGAGUCGGCCUCGAGCGAGUCGGAAGACGUCAUUCUGUGCCAAUGAGCAUCACGAAACCGUUGGUGCUUCUUCCGCGUGCCACGGCAAGACGCGAGAGUUUGCCGAGCGAACACAUCAAAACGAAAAACCUGUCCUUGCGGCUGGAAGAUCAAAGCCCUUUGGGGCGAAGCUCGUUGUCUUUGUUGUCGUCUAAAAGCAGCGUACACGAAUUGUCCCCGAACAUGAAUGUAACGGAGCGGCCAGUCAGCGCUGAAAGUCUUCUACCGGAACCAAGCAUCGCGAGCAUCACCAACAGCGCUGAAGCGUCGAGAUUGAGUUCAGUGCUUCAACCGGACAAUCAGAAACCAGGGACUCAGUCGAAACAACUGACGAGACAACAGACUUUCCCACCUUUGCAGCCAUACGUUAGAACGAGAUACCUAUCAACAACCGCAGAAAUGUCGCAAUGUUACUCGCAGAUUUUGAUCGAAGCCGACAGUUCCAGUUCCUCUUCGUGUUCGAUGAAGCAAAAGUCUUGUUCGAACGGCCAUUGCGGCACGCCGCCAACGCACGACGGAGAUUCCUCGCAGACCAAGACCAAUGUCGAGAAGAUCAUGUCCAGAGAAUCGUUUCCUGUGGACGUUACUAGUAAAAGACGUGGCUCUGCGAUAGCAGAUACUCUUAGACCAAGAACCGACGUCAUUUCGACUGCCGAUCAUCCGCGACGUCACUCAGUACAAACUAUUCGCAUCGACGACGCGAACUUUAAGAACCGUCACAAACGACCUGCCUCUGCUCAAGAAUCGGAUUCUACUCAAAUUCUCUACGCGUCACUGAUCGGUUCCCGCGGCGAUAAAGAGUCGCGCAACAGCGAAACAGAAUUGAAGCCGGACCCAAGUGUACCCACGUUGAAGGCAAAGAAAGAAAGUGAGAAAAUAUUAUGGCAAGAUCAGCGGACUACAACACCGUUAAGUAAACCCGACCAGUGUAGUUCGACGCAUAUUGCGAAGCUGAAGUGUGUCGAACCUGAAUUACGAAGAUACUCAACUCCUGUGCCAGAAACUAAGACAAUAAUGACUGAUGCCAGUGGCAGACGAUUUACUGCGAUACCAGUGUCUUCUGAACUCAGCACUCAUAAAGUGUUCUUCAUUGGUAGCCCGCCGGAUUCACCACCUCUAAUCCAAAGCAUAUCGUCGUCCAGCGACAGUGGUAGUGAUCCGCGGAAAAGUAUUGGUGAUAAUGAAAUUGUUUCCGCUGGUAGUAAACGCGACUCGGAUGUCGUAAAGGAGAAGAGCUCAAAGGUUGCCAAAUUAAGCCUUGACGUACAAAUGAAGGAGAAUGUUGAUCCACGUGCGGUUGAAGAUCCGAAAGGAAUGGCGUUAUCUCGAAAGGGAAGCCAGUCAUGGGCCAGGAGACGAGGAUCUGCUCCAGUUGGUCUUUUAUCCAGAUUAGAUGAUAUCAUUGUUCCAUCUAUACCAUCUACUAGGGUUGAUCACACUUCCAGACGUGGAUCUGUACCAGCUGACAUUACAAGGCAUCAAGGUGGAGGCUGUAAUCGAUUAGCCUUAGGAAUUAGGGAGGGUAAUGCUGUAACACCCAGAAGAGCCAGUCUUCCACAAGAAACUGCUCUUGGAAACCUUCUUGGCAAUAUUUUAUCGUUAACCAAUGAGCGAGAAAAUCUCCCAAUAAAUAAUAAUAAUAAUAAUAACAAUACUGGAACUAGCAACAAUAAUGGAUUAUCAAGAAUAAUUGAUAGCAUCGGACCUGGCAUGCCGUCUCCGCGGCGAGGUUCAGUGCCAGCAGACAUAUCUGAAUUACGCCGUGAUAUGUUCAAUAGGAGUAGUAUAAAUGGUAAGCCUCGUAAUCGGAAAAAGAUUUUGAGGAGGAGAAGUUCUGGAGGACCAGAAAUGUUUUCUGGAGGAUCCACAGAUGGAAACGAUAAUGGCACAUGUCUUAAAUGGAAGAGGGAACUAGGAAAAAGGGACUCGAUUCCUGAACCGCUCAUCAAGCGAAGAGGUUCCCUGCCCAUAGAGAUGGUGGCCAUUUCUCAUGCUGGGUCAGGAUCAGGAUCAGGAGCUCGAAGAUCCAGUUUGUGGAGACUUUAGCAUGGAGUAGAAGCAAGUGGACCGCCCAUGCAACCAAUGGUUGACAGUAGAUCAUCGAAUACUACCGCACUGACAGUCUUUCCUUACAACUUUAGCAGCAACAGCGAUGAUUGACUUCCACGUUCCAAGAUUGCCAAAUCUGAAACUCCUCUUUAUCAGUUGUUAUUGUGGGCAAGUGAAUUUUGUAAAAUUGAUCAAGAUUUCUAUUACAAUAGCUGCAAUACCGACAAAACAAUUUAAGCGUUUUAUCACCUAUCGCUAGAAAUGUAUUGUCACUGUCAUAAUUUUAUAUAAUAUAUAUUAUAUAAUGUUAUAUUAUAUAUUAUAUAACUAUGACAUACAUUGAUAUGUGUACUGAAAAACCUACUGCAAGAAAAAGAGGAAACACAAAUGAUGUAUAUAUAUAUCAUAAUCAUUGAUCCAAAAACGUACAAGUUUAAGAUUGGCAGAAGAUAACACGACAUUUUAUGACAGGGUCAACGUAGGGAAAUGAAAAGUAUGAAUUCUAAAGUCUUCCCCGCAGUUUACGCGUCCAUGUGGAAGAAGUAAAAUGUAUACAUAUUAGUUAUGUUCGCUUUAUAUCCAUUUGUGCCAUACACAGAUGUUGUCUAAGAUGCGACACAGUCAAACACAGGGUUCAAUAUGAAGAUUUUAAUAAUUAAAAUGCCUAGGUAUGGAGAAGGAGAAAAGACUGGUAGACGAAAUCACCGCUAUUAAACUAGACACUUAAAGAGGCACAUAAAUCAAUUGAAACGAAGUGACAUUUGCUCAUAGUUAGGAGAUUUAUGAUUUUUUAAACAAUCAAGGCAGGAUAAUGUUAUCUUCAUUCGGUUAAUCAUUUCUCGCAUCUAUCAUCCUCAUUAAAUAUUAAAUUUCUUUCUUUAGCUGAAAAUGGAAUUUUUUUAUCAUUAUAGACAGUGUUAUAAAUAAAACGCAUAAAAAAUUACAUUUAUUGUUAAGUGAAAAAUAAGGAAAAGUAAUAGCUGUGAAAAAUAACUCUGGUAAAAAAUAAUAUACUCAAUAUCGGCAGUAGUUUCCUUUAAACUGUAAUGAAAAGCAAGAUAGACAUUCCAUUAAACAAAGUAGUAUACAAUGUGUAGAACACAAAUCAGAAAUAAUAUUAAUAAUGUUGUAAUUAUUGCUAUUCAUCAUUCAUUACACUAUCAUAACAAUCAUUAUUGUCAUCAUCGUUGUUGUUAUAGUUAUAAAUGCAGUCUUAAUGACCGUUCAAGUAGGUAGAAAUUAUAAACUUAGUAAUAAUACCUGCGUUUAAGCACAAGGUAAAUUAGUUAGUGAAUUGCGUGGAACUAUGACCAUAAUUGUUUAUAACGAAAACAAAAGAUGGUUACGAUGUAUAGGUUUACGGUACGUGAACCAAAAUCAAUCAAAAACUGCAAAAUUUGUUAAUACUAUCUCUCAAUGUAUUAAUGCAAUAAUACAUAUUUAAUUAAUUAAGUUUUAUUUAAAUAAAGUACAAUUACUAAACUGCCUAUGCACAAACAAUGUACACAAAAUAGACUCAAACAUUUUUCUACUUUGUUGUAAACUUUUUGUUAGUACACAACAAGGUUAUUAAAGAAAAACCAUUUUAAUAGUAUUUUUAAUUAUUUUUCUAAACAAAAGAACAAAAAGGAGAAUGAACAACUUAUAUCACGUACUGCUACAACCUGUCAUCCCUCUGACUAUCAGAAAGUAAAGAAAUAUUAAUAAGCCAUUGCAGUUCAAUAAUGAUAUAUAACAAAUCUAAGUUUAAUCAAAGUAACAACUGAUAUCUGUAUUGAUGUAAUAUAGAUAGGCGAUCCAUUUCUCAAGUAAACUGUUGCAAGCUUAGUAAAUUUCCCCUGGUAAGGUUUCUAGAUCUUCUCAAUGCAAGACCUGUCAGAGCUAUAUGUGUAUUUCACUCAAUGACCACAAAACAAAGGUGUGACAAGCCUUAAACAGAUUGAACUCUUUGAACACAAGAUGCGAAAACAAUUCCUAAGUUUUCCUAUUUGUAAUGCGGAAGCAUUCUGCAUAAAUGACUUGUAUAAGUGUAAUAACAACUAAGUUAGUAUAAACCUCCUAGUCUUUCUAACUCUUAACAUAAUUUGUAUAUAUGUAUAUGUAUGUGCAGUACAUAUACGCAUAUACAUUCAAUUUUAAAGAAAUGCACAGAAAGCACCAAGGAAUACAUUGUCAGAAAAUAUUGAAAAAUUUCAUUAUAAAAUUUAUUUAUUUAUAUUUCGUAAAACACCUUUACAGACAGACCAAUAAAAAUGGGACUAAACGAAACAUCUUUGUGAAAACUGAUAAUUGAUUUAGCUUCUGAAAUAAAUUUGAAUUCAAUAUUAUAAAUGACCACUCUGUCCAACUACUUUUUGAAGAAUUUACGACAUCUAAAUGUACAUGUUGCACCACAUUUCAAUAGAGAAUGAUUAACAUUCUUCAAAAAUUCUUCUCCUCUGCCAUCCUAUAGAUAUUAUGUAAUUGCAUUAAACCACUUUCUAUGAUUGUAUUAUCUUGGAAUGUGCAAAAUGAAUAAAAGAAUUCAUUAUUACUUUAUAGGAAUGAAUGUAAAUGUAGGAUAUAUUUGACAUAUAAUGCAUCAAGCGGUGUUUAUGCUCAGAUAAAUAUUCAUUUCUUUCUUUUUAUUUCUGAUGUUUACUCAUUAAAUUAUUAUUAGUUUAUGAAUCUUUUCUGUAAAAAUUUGUAUUACAACUAUAUUCGUAGUAAUAUACAUUCAAAAUUGAAACAAAAUUUUAGAAUACUUACCAAAAGGUAAUCAUAUUUUAAUUAUCAAUUGAUAAAAAUGGAAUAUGAAUAUAUUUAAAAACACUUUUCCCAUGAUUGUUUUAUUAUUGUAUUUACGCACAUUUAAUACUUACAAAUGUCAAAAUUGUAAACAAUUUUCCUAUUGGCAAUUCUUCCAGCUACAUAAAGAUAAAAUUUUAUUUUAUACUCUCAUUUGAAUGAAAAAUUCCGAAAAUUAUUUUAACUUGAAUGAAUUUUUUUCAAAAACGAAUUAAGUAAAAAAGUUAAGCAAGAGUUUAGUGUGAUACUUUUUUGAAAGUGAAAACUAAACUGAUAAAUAAUUAUUACAAAGAAAGAUGUAUCUAUUAUUACUUUUACCACGAUUUUCAAUUAACUUUUUUCUGUAAAUUACAGCAUUAAAUGUUGUAAUUGUAUAGAAGCAACAAAAUUUGCGUGUGAUUCGCAGUAUUGGAAAUGUCAAUUAACAAAUAACAAUUCGUAUGUAAUCGGUCUGACGAUAAGAAAGUCGUUAUGUAUUUUCUAUAAUAUUACUGUAGAUAGCUACUGCGUUAGAUACAAUUAAAUGAUGUGUUCUUAUCAUUAUUCAUAAUUAAAUUAUAAUGUUGUUACAAUAAACACGUGAUGCGUAACAGUAUAAAACGGAUAUACGUAUGAAUGGGGAAGAAUGCGAGUGUGAUCCACUCAAUUGUCCUAUUUAUGUUGGGCAAUGCGAAGAAAAGUAAUAUAUAUGUAUAUGUAUGUGAUGGCUCUACAUGGCCUAUUAUAUUCAUUAGAUCGGAAUUACUAUAGUCGAUAAUUAUAGUAUCCAAAUUUUUUAUCAUUUUCAUUUGGUUAUAUUAAGUAUUUAUUUUGUGAAUGUACAUGCAACUUAUUAAUUACAUGACAAAACUCCCGUUAUAAGUUUAGAACUGAAUGAUACGUGAUGCGAUAUGUAAACCCAUCUUCUUUAUUAAAAAAAACACACAAAAAUUACACGAGUAUAUUUUUCUA